UUAAAAAUGGCCACGUACCAAACAAUUAAAAUGACUCGGUAUAUAAAAUAAGUCAAAGUCACGUGUAUACGUUAAAUUAAUUUAAGGAAGAAUUUUGUCAUGCAUAUCAGGAUGAGUAUUCGCACGAGGAGAACUGUUUUUUGUGGUAUUGUAAUAUUAUUAAGUGUGUUCUACUUGUACACGAAUGGGACCUUAUAUACAAAUAUACGGGAGAAAAAUAUUUCUUUAAAAUUACUUCUUGCUGCUGCUAUAAGAUCAGCCGAAAUUGGUGGGUUAGAAGUUAGAACAGUUCAUAAUCAAGCUAAAUUUGAAAUAGAGAGUAAAGGAAAAACAAAAGAAGGCAUCAAUGAUCCAGUAACAGAAGCAGACUAUAGAUCACACUGUGCAAUGUAUCACUCUUUACUAGAAGCAUUCCCAAGUAUAACAGUAAUAUCUGAAGAAACAUCAAAAGAUUGUGAUAAAGUUGCAGUGUCAAAUAUAAAGGACUCAAUUAAUAACUUAAAUGAUUAUGACAUUAAAGAUGAAAUUAUAAAUACAAGUGACAUUACAGUUUGGAUUGAUCCUCUUGAUGCAACAAAAGAAUUUACAGAGAAUUUGUUGCAAUAUGUUACAACUAUGGUUUGUGUUGCUGUUAAAGGAAAACCUGUAAUAGGUGUAAUAUAUAAACCAUUUGAAACAAAGCAAAAUUCUAGCUUGUUUUGGACAUGGACUAAUCAUGCAAUUUCAAGAAAUUUGCAAGUGCUACAUAAGUUGGAAGAUGAGAAUGCACCAAUAUUGAUUGUAUCACAAUCACAUGCUGGUCAAAUUAAUAAUGUUACCAAGAUUGCAUUUGGUAAAGAUGUUAAAAUUGUUUCUGCAGCUGGAGCAGGUUACAAAUUUUUAGAAGUUGUAAGUGGAAAUGUAACUGCAUAUGUUCAUAUGACUGCAAUAAAAAAGUGGGACAUUUGUGCAGGCACUGCAAUUCUUACUGCUCUUGGUGGUACAGUUACACAAUUGUUUGACCAACAAUUAAUAAGCUUUGGCCCUACUGAUUCCAAAGUACUUACAUGGGGUCUUUUAGCUACCAUGAGUAAUCAUGCUUGGUAUUUAGACAAAUUUUCAAACAUUUAAUACAAGUGCUAAAUUUUAUUAUGGACUAUCAAAUCAUGUGUUUCAAUGUCAUUCUUCCUAGUAAAGUACCAAGGAAAUCCUUCUGUAAAGGACAUAAAUAUUCUAAAAACUUGUUAC